CUCUCUCAUUCUCUGAUGGAUAAUGAGUUUCCUUGACAGAGGCACGACACCGGGAUCUGUCACACCCGGCAGCCCCGUCGGAAGGCAACCGGACUUUCGCUCAGUCUUUUGAAGACAUUUGGACACCUCUCCAGGCGACUGUUGAUUCUGCACCAGAGCAGCAUGGAGGACCAUGGUGAAAAUGCGUCUAUAGGCACCGGUCAGGUCAGUUAUGCACAGUUGGAUCUCUGUUGGAUGAGCGCUGGUACCGUGCUCUUCGGGCUGCUGCAACCGUAUUUGGAUGCUGGAUAUUUGUGCUGCUGGCACCUAAAAAUGCCUCUUCGUAUCGUACCAGCGGUUAUUUCCCUGCUUCUGGCUGUGGUGGCCGUUACAGGGGAGACCAACCUCACCUGCUACACGUCAACGCUGCCUGAGGCUAAAAAUAUUCAGAUCCUGUACGAUGAACAUCAGAGCACGGGACAUUUCUGGGCCCGAGGUGGUUCAGAUUUGGCUCCCUGUAACCUGUCCUCCGUGUUCUUCUCCCAACAUUCCGUAUGCAUCAACGACUCAGCAGGAGCACAAACUGUCCUCGUGGUUUUCUGCAACCUGACAAGCAACGUCAAGCUAGUUUUUGAAGGCCCAAAAGGACACAUCCACUUUAACAAAUCAGAAUGUCCCCAGCCACCGAUCAACAAAGUUUCUGAAAUCCACAAAGAACCAAGUCAUAGGGGAAGGAUCUGUGUUUACAUUGUGAUAGCUGCCUUUGCCAUUGCUCUCGGUGCAUUAUUGAUUUUGAAGAUUUGACCUGACAGACCCAGCAACGUUGAUCCUGAACGUGGUUGAACACCCAUCAACAUGCAAUGAGAAUCCUGUUCGUUUCUGCCACUGUAUUCCCCCCCUGGAGCACCGAACCUACAAAUACAGAUUUAGAUCAGACUACCGUAUUUUCACGACUAUAAGGCGCACUUAAACGUCUUUUUUCCCCCUCAAAAUGUGCGGUGCGCCCUUUGGUGCGGUGCGCCCUAUGUGUGUUGUAACUGCGACUUUUGA